AUGGAGAAGGAACGGCGAGCUUCGAACCAGUACGGGUCCCUGGAAUGCACUAAAUGGAAUUCAGACAAAACAGAUGAAGAUGUGGUGUCUAUGGCAGACUCCACCAUCACCAUUGACGACAUUGAGGGAGAGCUCUUCAAGAUCGAGAGGAUUCGAGACGCCUUGGUGAGGCGCGAGUCCGAGCUGAGAUACAUGAUGGAUGACAUCCAACUGUGUAAGGAGAUCACUCGUCUGAAGAAGGAGCUGCAGAAGCUGGUGUCUAUUCCAGAUAAAGACAAGUCUAGUGAGGACCGUGUGAAGGAGGAGGAGCUACUGCUUCAGAUCCACAAGCUGGUGGAGGCCAGAGACUUCCUGGUGGACGACGUGGAGUUCGAACGCCUCAGGGAGCGUGAGGAGGACAAAGAGAUGGCUGAUUUCCUGAAGUCAAAGUUCCCCAGAAGCACCAAGACCAGAGAUCCAGUGUCUAACCAGCGAUUGGCGUCCAGGGUCCAGCAGGCGUCCUCCUCCUCCUCGUCGCCGUUUGCCACCAAGACAGGCCUGACGCUACUGAAAGAAUGCUGCGGCUUCACCUGCUCCAUCAUGUAAGGGUGGCGCGGAGGGACACACAACGCAGUACAGCCCCAGGA